UGGCCGUUACACGACGCUCGCCCGGGAGCCAGUAGUGACUCUCCUUCAUUUCAUUCUCCUUUAUUUUUUUCCAUAAUUUUUUUCACAAUGAGUUCUACUAAACUAGUUCGGGUUUCAAAUAAUAUUAGGGGCAAGAAAUUAAUUUCAUCCGACGGAAAUUUUGAAGAAUUUCUAUCAUCAGUAAGAAGCAAAUUUGAGUUGGAUGAAGCAGAAAAUAUUACUUUCGUGGAUGAAUACGGUGCCGAGGUGGACUCUGAUGUUUUCCCAAUUUUGGUCAGCCUAGAUGGGAUUCAAAAUAUCAUAUUCAAGCUAGAAGAAGAGUCGUCAGUAUUGGAAAUUGACCUAAGCUACAAUAAUACAUCGCAAUCAAGUUAUUUUUUACCUGCGGCAGGAAAUAUUGGGCUUUCUCAAUCGUUUGGAAUAGGGGAUAAUUUUAAACAAAUUCUCCAAACCACGGUUCAACAAAACAAUGUAAUACACGGUAUUGUCGAAGAUUGCAAGAGUAAAGGCUUCGUGGACGAUAAAUCUUCGACAAUUCUCAUUAAUGAAUUUGUGUCAAAACUUAUAGAGGUAAAGGGAGACUCACCUGCGACGUCGGUGCAAAAACAAUUCGCCGCAGCAAUUGUUGAAAUUCUCCCCUGCUGGCGUUAUUCUGGCUCAAAAUAUGGCUUGGUAUGGACAUUUUAUUUGACGAAGUCAGCCGGUCUGGACUUAUUCAGACCAGAUUGA